AAGAGCAAGUCACCCCCAAAUCACAUUUUUUUUGCUGAUAAACUAUAUAAAGGAGUGUCUAAUCAUGCUACAGACACGUGUAGUCAAUAAUUUGGCAGUUCAGUGCAUCUUGGUUAAAAUUCAAAUAUUCUGCCUAAAACUGUCAGUGUUGCGCCGUCGUCAGGGGAAAAUUCUGCACUGUAUUUGAAUUUAAAUCUGCCACCGCUAUUGGCUAAGAGGUAUGCUAUGAUGUCAUCUGGUAUAUUAUGAUGUCAUAAUGCCAUUGUGAGCCUGUGUGUGUGUGUAUUUGUUAGCGGCUCCGCCCUCUUGGUCUGCCAAGCAACAGCAUUUGUUGCAUUUUUCAAACAUGAAGUGGGAGUGAAGUAAGUUUCUUGUAGGGGGUGACUUGCUCUUUAAUAAAAGAGUGAACCAUCUUUGGGGCUGCAACAGAACCAUCAGGUGACAUGGUCAUAAGAACCAAACAUAGUCCUGUAGUCUUCUGUUCCAUGACUCGGACUAGAGCCACCAAGUCACUAAACUCAACCAGUCCUUCAGAUGAAGACAAAUCUACAUGUAUGGUACUUUUUCUCUUUACAAACCCCCAUCAGUCGCAGGGAUCGAACAGCUGAUCUUGUUGGGUGUGAAAGGGUUUUGUUGUGCCUGAGUCCUUGCUGCCUUGCCGCUGGGUGACUGACUCAGCUCUAAACCCAGGUGUCCUGCAGUGCCCCUGUUGUUGUCAGCACGCUCUGCUGCAUCCACCGGUGCUUUGCACUUUGUGUUUUGCUUUGUUUGACAAGUCAUUGUUUCAGAACAAUGUGAUCAGCCUGGAUAAAUAUUUGAUUCGCUAAUUGAAAAAUCCAGCUGACACAAAAGCCAACCAUGUGCUUGGUUUUAUUGUUCUAGUUGUGUAUGAAGAGAACACUGGAGGUGGCUGCUUUAAAGCUUUGUUUCACACAGUCAAACCUUUUGGUAUUAACCAUGGAGAAGGUACUCGCUCAUGUGUAUUUUCUGUAUUUGUACAUGUUUUUGGACUGUUUUGACGAAACACUUCUGCUUUCAGAUCGUUUUCUACGAGGAGAGAAAUUUUAAGGGUCGCUACCACGAGUGCAACAACAACUCCAGCGACCUGCACACGUACGUGAGCCGCUGCAAUUCCAUCAAGGUGUCAGGAGGCUUCUGGGUAGUCUAGGAGAGACCAAACUGCAUGGGCCACCAGUAUGUUCUGAGUCCUGGAGAGUAUCUGGAUUACCAGUACUGGCUGGGCAUCAGCGAAGCCAUAAGGUCCUGUCGGGUCAUCAGACACGUUGGGAAUUCAUGGAGGAUGAAGAUUUGGGAGAAGCCCAACUUUGAGGGCGAGUCCAUGGAGCUGUCGGACAACAUGCUGCCUUCCUUCCACGAGCACUGGCAGAGCCGAGACGUCCCCUCCUGCAAAGUGUUGGAAGGGGCCUGGAUCUUCUUCGAGCAGCCCAACUACAGGGGGCACCAGUUCCUUCUGGAGAGGGGCGAGUACAGGCGCCACUCCGAGUGGGGCAGCAGGCAGCCCGGUGUUGGGUCCAUCCGCCGGGUCAAAAACUGAACGGUGCAAAUAAAGAAAUAAAAUCACAAUACAAACGUAAUCGAGUCAAAUCUCAUUUCUUCAGUCUGAGCCGUGGUCCUUCAUCGUUACCGUUACAGAGGAAACUGUUUACGACAAACACAAAGAGAAUCGAUGUUUGGGCGUUAAACAGAUCCCCAGAGUUAGGCUAACAUCAGGCAGGUGUGUGGCCUAAAGGUGAUUUUGUUUCAUCACCUAAACUUAAACAAGAACCAGCAGGAUACUCCCACACCUUCCAUCGCCAGACUGGGACCGGCUGCCAGCCCCGACCUGCCCCUAUAAAGGCCCAGAGCUGAAACAAUGGCAGAAUCUGCUGGUGGCUCAUUUGAAUGACAGUA